AGAUUUUGUACAGUACUAUCCGAUUAAUACACUUACUGUCAGUCUAACUAACUAACUAACAGUCACUUUUAUUGGGUAGUUUAGAAGUAUUCACGUAACUAAUUCACUAACACAAUCUCAGUGUUUCUGCACUGUUCUAUAACUCCGCCUCCCUAUGCUAUCCCCGAUUACUCGCUUCGUUUCAGCGACGUGUUCGCACCUGUCUCUGACUAUCAUUACGUCUUCAAUCUAUGCAAAUGUCUACUCCCUAAUCCGGAGCCGUAUGUUUUACAUGUUUGGUUACGUGCAUCCAGUCCGCGUUUUCGUCUCCCUCCUGUUAUUAUGUUAUUACCCUAUUAUGUUUCCCCACCUGUUGUCUAUUUAUUUAGCCCACCUUUUUCCCAGCCCCGCCUAGAUUGUCACCUUCCUUCAUGUAUUUAAACCUCAGUCUCCGUUUCUACCAUUGUCAGAACCUCGAUAAAUUAUAGUGCCGAAUUACUUGUACGCCUAUUUCUUGAGAUUCAUAAAGACACCCCUUUGGCCUUGAUUUUUCGAUCUUGCCUUACCCUCUUGUUUAGUUUGCCCUUCUGAUUUUAUGGUUUUUGAUAUUCUGCUUUGUUUUAGUGACUUCGGUUUUUGCCUUCGCCUUUUGUACUUUCGCCUAUUGAUUUACUGGAUUUUUUUGUACCUUUUUGCCCGUUUUCUCGACCAUUUUUUUGCUUCCUGUUUUUGUCUGUCUUGGAUCUCCUGACUACACAUUCGGAAUAAAUAACUACGUUUUUGGAUUACCCCUGGUCUGCGUCUGAGUCCUCAAUACCGUACAUAACAAGAUCUGGCUACAACACUACUGAAAAUUUCGUGGAGACGCCUCCAAUUGGAGCUAAUCGGGUAGCAGAAUGGACGAGACUACGCCUCUUGUUCAAAAUCAUCCUAAAACCACAAGGCCAGUUUCACAGACAUACUCCACAGAGAGAGUGCAUCUUGAAUGGAAUUGACUGAUGGUAAGACGAAUUCAUACCUUGGGUUCAUUCUUUUCCCAGAAACACCAGGCUGUUCCUCGCAGUAUUUUCCGCAGUUCUGGGAAACUUUAAUUUUGGCUUUUCUAUAGUGUACCCAUCUCCAGUGAUACCCCAGCUUCGGGUCAUUGACGACCCUAACCUGAGGAUGGGUACACAUCAGGUGGCUUGGUUUGGGUCGAUCUUCACGCUGGGCGCCGCGGCGGGUGGCCUGGGCACCAUGCUGCUGAACGACAGGGCGGGCAGGAAGCUGAGCAUCAUGCUGUCCGCCGUGCCCUCCACCGUGGGCUACCUGCUGAUGGGUGCGGCUCGGGCGGUGUGGAUGCUGCAUCUGGGCCGCUUUCUGACCGGCAUCGCGGGGGGCAUGACUGCUGCCUCCAUCCCUGUGUAUGUGUCAGAGAUCUCCCAUCCAGCAGUCAGGGGGAUCCUGGGAUCCUGCCCCCAGAUCACCGCUGUGUGUGGAUCCCUCGCGCUCUACGCUCUUGGUCUGGUGUUGCCAUGGCGAUGGCUGGCGGUGGCCGGGGAGGUGCCGGCACUCGUCAUGCUGGUGCUGCUGUGCUUCAUGCCGCGGUCGCCGCGGUUCCUCAUCGCCCGGGGGAACGAGGCCGACGCCCACCGGGCGCUCAGCUGGCUCCGGGGCCCGGGCUCCGACAUCACGGCCGAGUUCAGCAGGAUCCAGAGGAGCGUGGCUUCACAGAAAAGGAUAACAUGGGCAGAGCUUGGCACGCCGUUCUACUAUAAGCCCAUCCUGAUCGCCAUGGUGAUGCGGUUCCUACAGCAAAUGACGGGGAUAACUCCGAUCCUUGUGUACCUGGAGCCCAUCUUCCAACUGACCAAGGUCUCCCUGGAGGCAAAGUACGACGCCGCUCUGGUGGGUGCGGUGCGACUGCUGUCUAUCGUGAUCGCAGCCAGUUUAAUGGACAAGGCCGGCAGGAAGGCCCUCCUCUUCACAUCAGGAUUCCUGAUGUUCCUCUCAACCCUCAGCAUGUGCAUGUACACCCACCGCAGUUCUUUCCCUGCCCUCAACAUCACCUCCACCCCCGCCUUGCACGCCACGCCCUUUGACGCCUCCAGCCUCAUCCCGCUCAUAAGCACCAUGGUCAUCAUAUUUGGCUACACCAUGGGCUGGGGCCCGGUCACCUGGCUGCUGAUGUCCGAGGUCUUGCCUCUGGCGGCCAGGGGCGUGGCCUCGGGUCUGUGUGUGGCUGUCAGCUGGCUGACCGCCUUUGUACUGGCCCAUGUCUUCAUGCACGUGGUGGAAGCGUGCGGACUGUUUGUGCCGUUUCUGUUCUUCUGCGUGGUGUGUGUGAUCAACAUCAUCUUCACGGCGGUGUGUGUGCCCGAGACGCGUGGACGCUCCCUGGAGGAGAUCGAGAACUUUUUCCGCACCGGUCGCACAUUCACCAUCAGGGAGUCCUGAGAGCGAGUCCAAACAGAUACAGAGCACCCAUUCGUAUCCCAAGCUUUUCGCUGCUGUGUGCAGGGUGACAUUAAUGUGUUCUCUGCAUUGGGAUACCUGAGGAUACCACAACCAGAAAAGUUGUAUGGUGUAUUGAUUUUUUUUUCUUUGGUUGAUGAGAACUUCUUUUCAGAAAACAUGCCUUUUACACUAAUACUUUUUCCAUGUUCGUUCAUAAAUAUCAGAUAGCCACUAGUGCCCAUCAAUAUACUGCAAUUACAAAGCUUGCUGCAUCAUUUAUAUUUAUUCUGCAUUCCUGCACAAAUAUGAACAGACUAAAGGAAAGAAUAGCGACAAAUGAAAGGCAAGUGAAUACCCAUGUAUUUCAGUUGAGAAGUGAACAGUAAUACAGGAUGAAAACAGGAAUGUGCACUGAAAUACAUGUGCCCCUCCUAAUGGCACACAUUAAAGACCGGAUGCAAGGUUUGAAAAUGCAUGCCACUUGAAGGCUGUGAGGAGACUUAGAUGCAUGUGUUCUAUCGGAGCACUUCGACACACAGGACAUGUCCUCCAACAAACGGAGAGUGUCCUCCACCGGACGGGCUGAGUCUGGUCAGCCCUCCGUCCUGUAGAGAAUUUGUGCAUGAGUUUUAGGAUUCCCCAUCUCUUUCCUCAAUUCUACAUGUACACUCAGUGACCACGUUUAGGUAGAAAUGUACACUGGCUUGUUAAUGCAAAUAUUUCAUCAGCCAAACAAGUAGCUGCAACUAAAUGAAAAGUAUGCAGACGUGGUCAAAACGGUUUUUCAGACCAAAUGACUUUGACCUUGGCAUGAUUGUGGUGUGCCAGACAGGGUGGUUGAGCAUCUCAAAUUACUGAUCUCCUGGGAUUUUCAUGCACAACAGUCUCUAGAGCAGGGGUGUCAAACUGAACUCCCAGGGGGCAGCAGUGUCUGCAGGUUUUUGUGGUUGCCUUUCAAUCAGCUGCCAAUUAAGGCCUUGGGAACAAGGUGUGUGGAUUGCUUAGCCAAUUAAAGACUUAAAUGAACCACAGGUGCCGGGAACAACCCGAAAACCAGCAGACACAGCAGACAGGACUGGAGUUUGACACCUGUGCUCUAAAGUUUGUAGAGAAUGGUGCGAAAAACAAAAAACAUCCAGUGAGCAGCAGUUCUGCAGGCAGAAACGCCUUGUUAAUGAGUGUAACUGGAGUAUUCCAGAUCUGUAUUUAGAGUGGCUAUUUAUUAUGGUUUUGGGUUCUAGUUUCAAAUCCACUAAAGGCUAUGUUUGUACAUCUUAAUUUUUAUGAUCAUGCCCUUGUCUGAAAUAUGCCUGUAGAUAUUUACACUUUGUGCAAUCAAAUUAAUG